GUGUUUCGCAUAAAAGGAUGAGACACAGAGGGUGAGAACAGAACUGAAGAAGCACCGUACAGUGUAUAGAUUCUUUACUUGAGCAUGGACUUUGACUACCAAAAGUUAAAAGAUGCUGAAUCUCAGGAGAGAGAGGAACGUUUGGGUUCUCUUCCUGUCCACCAUCCAAUGCCGAAACCACGUCAAUGUCUUGAUUCAGAAAUGCAAGUGACAACCGUGACAGUAAAGAGAAUCGCUCCCGCUUUGGUUUUGGGCCCGUUGGGGACCCUGGAGGCCCUGAGCCCGUCUUUGCGUGCCUACACUCUGCUGUGGUUUGAAAGAACGCAGCUGCCUCGACUGCGCACACCUGGAAACUCUCUCCCCUGCUGGCUCCAUGGUUUCGCGACACGCAGGGAAGCAGAACAGCUGCUGCAGGAUAAACCACAAGGCUGUUUCCUGUUGAGGCUCAGCGAGUCAAAAAUUGGCUUUGCGCUCUCCUACAGAGGGGAGGAUAGAUGUCGUCAUUUUAUCAUUGAAGAGGAGGACAGUGAAACGUUUGGUAGUGUAUAUCUCAUUGCUGGAGAAGACAGCCGUCAUCAUAGUCUAGAAGACCUGAUCAACUACUAUACCCAUAAUCCCGUGGGGCCCUUUAAUGAGAUGUUGACUGUUUCUUGCAAUCAGCCCAAUGGUGACCGUGAAGAAAUUGAUAAGCUGGGAAUGAAGAACCAGGAAGGAGAUAGAAAAUAUGAAAAUGGAAAAGUGAUCAGUCAAGACGAGCAGACAAAACUGGCCAUAGCUGCUGGACCAGCUGUUCUAGAUUCAUUACCCACAAACUCCAACCACAUCACAUCAACUAGAGAUGAGACUGUGCAGUAUGCAGCAGUCAGGAAGCCUUUAAAAAAGACUGCCUCGCUCCCAGAGUGCAAGUGUGGACCUGACACAGCGCCUCCUACUGUAGAAAAUGGCAGUUCUGAGCUUGCUGAGAGACCCUAUAAUCCUAGUGUUACUUUGGAUCAAACUCACCCCCCGGAAGCUCCAUACGCCCGAGUCAAUAAACCCCCCAGAGCGGCAUCAGAAAACAUGCCCAAUGCCAGUGCUCCCUCUGAGCUACAGGGAGCGACAGCGGCAUCUGUACCGCCAUCUCUUACAAAUUUUGACACAAUGGCAGCAGAUCAGAAAUACUGUAAAUUCGAGCCAAUGCACACCUAUGAAGAGACUAUACAUACACGAAGAAGAGAUGAGGAUGAGGAGAUAGACUGUUACGCCAUGGGGUGGAGGAGGCAGGCGACAGGAAAUGCAGUGGAACUUCCAAGGCAUCAUGUAUAUUCAGAGGUGAACAUCAGGGGUGCACAAGAAAGUAAUGCUGUCUCCUCAAGACCCACCCCUAGUCUUCCUCUUAGACCACCCCCAAGAUCUGCACAUGCUGCUUUACGGACAGAAAGUAGUGGACAGAGUUUUGGUUUGCCUCCGCUGAUGGUUCAGCCCCGACACUCUGAUUUCCAUCAUUCACAUAACGCUUCAUCCAGUUCCAUUUAUGAACGGAUUCCAGAGAGACCAAGCAGCUCAAGGCCAUCUCUGCCCCCACCCAACCCCAAACGCUGACCUAGACUGUUGUUAAAUGGACUUUUGGUGUAGUUCAUACACAAAGAAAUACUGAACCAAUUGGACCAGAUAGAAAUAAAACGAAUAAGUUAAACAAAUUGUUUCACUCCAAUUAUGUUACCUAAAACUGUAAAUAUUUACUCCUCUGUGGAAUAGCUGUUGGCAUAAGUUUAUAUACAGUAUUUAAAUUAAACAUGUGUACAAAUUUUUCCAUUUUGAGUCCUUUA